AUGCUACCAAGUAUAGCCAGAACAAAAAGCACCAAGUCUGUUGGCAUAUUGAAUGCGUCGACUCCAAAGAACGACAUCCCUGGCUCCUUCACAUCAGCCAUGGGGUCAGGCAUGACAAUGGGCGACACUGAAUACAAUGGAGGUCAUGACGAUAAUACAGAUAUGAAUAUCAUCAUGACCCCUCAUGGCUUACCAGAAACACAACAGUUCCAGUUCGAACCAAAUACAUUCGACUUCAUUCAACAAGUGCAAACCGAUUACAAUAGAGCCGCCCUCUUCCAGCAGCUGAACAUUGCUGAGGGCCCUUUUGGGGAGUCCUUUGAGUUCUCCGACUUUAUUACUGACUGCUUCUGA